GUUUUACAAUUCUUUGUUCUUCACUUAUAUUACAAAACAGAUUAUACAUCAUAGAAUAGAUGUUGUAUAAUAUCUACAAACACACCCGGAAGGCGAAUAGUUAAGAAAAGAAAAGAAAAGAAGAGCAAUGCAACCGAUUCAUGGUGAAUCGUGGUGGCUGAUUUUCAAAGGCAACUAUACGCACCUGAUAGAGUCGCCCCCACGCUUGAAACUCGGCGAAGCAACAUGGCGGGGAGCAGUGGGGCCCAGAACGAGUCUCUCGGUUCAGUUGCUGUUCGCACGCUGGGCCCCGUUGGUGUGUUACUCGGCCUUGUCUCAAGUUUCGAAACGAUUUCCAAAAUACCCGUUUACGGCAACUCACGCGACAACGAACGUAAGAAAAGCGCGGAAAGAAAGAAAGUAAGUUUGAUGUACCGCAUCAGACAUUAACUCUCAAAACGACGCUAUACGUUUUCAUUAUUCUUAUCCUUCUCCCUCUCUUUCUUAUCUCUCAAUUUCGUCCUAGCACGUUAACGAGCAUCGAAACAAAUUCGAAACACGCGAUUAACGGACAAACGGUGACGCAGUGUGAGGUGUGUAAGAAUCGAUAAUUUUUCACUGAAAUAAACCAGGAGAAAAAGAAGAAAUCAGUUACGACUAAAGAAAGACGUUUUGAGCAACGUCUUGCAGGAAGAAAAAAAGUCAAUCGGCCAAUAAGCGCGAGCUUCCCGCGCUAUUGGCUCGUGGGAAACAACCACGGAAUCUGUCAGUACGGAUUUUGUCAGUUUUCGGCGUGGAUUAUCGGAAAGAGCUUGCAAGCCGACAGUGCUGAUUAAAAAAAGGAAUACGAUAAUCGACAAUGGCGGUAUUCGGAUUGGUCUCGGCUGUGGCCGGGUUCGUCAAGGUACGGUACUUAGUGGACAAGGCAGUCAUCGAUAACAUGGUGUUCAGGGCGCACUACAGGAUUACCUCCGCGAUCCUGUUUGCCUGUUGUAUUCUCGUUUGUGCUAAUAAUCUAAUAGGUGAUCCGAUAAACUGUCUGAGUGACGGAGGGGUGCCGGAGAAUGUGAUAAACACGUACUGUUGGAUCACGUACACGUUCACGUUACCGCACAACAACGCAAAACCGGUGGGCACUCAUGUGGCUCACCCUGGGCUCGGCGGUGACAUUGGGGAAAAGAGGUAUCACUCCUACUAUCAGUGGGUGCCCUUCAUGCUCUUCUUCCAAGGUAUUCUAUUCUACAUGCCCCAUUGGAUAUGGAAGCAGUGGGAAGAGGGCAAGGUCAGAAUGAUAUCCGAGGGCAUGAGGGGAGCUCUGCUCGAUAACAAGCCCGAGCGACAGGCAAAGUCCCAGCGGUUAGCUAAAUACAUCUCCGACACGUUGCACCUGCACAAUACUUACGCGGCUGGAUACUUCUUCUGCGAGGCCCUCAACUUCGUUAACGUGGUUGGAAAUAUAUUUUUCAUCGACACGUUUCUCGGUGGUGCGUUUCUAUCCUAUGGUACGGAUGUGCUCAAGUUUAGCAAUAUGAAUCAAGAGCAGCGCAGCGAUCCUAUGGUAGAAGUAUUCCCGCGAGUCACCAAGUGUACGUUCCAUAAAUUCGGUGCUUCUGGAACCAUUCAAAAGUUCGAUGCUCUCUGCGUACUUGCCCUGAACAUUCUCAAUGAAAAGAUCUACAUCUUCCUUUGGUUCUGGUUCAUCAUUUUAGCGGUGUUGUCAGGUAUCGCUCUGCUUUAUAGCAUGGCGGUGGUGUUAUUGCCCAGCACACGAGAAACCAUUCUAAGAAAACGAUUCAAAUUUGGCACACCUGCUGGCGUUAAUGCUCUCAUUAGAGAAACACAGGUCGGCGACUUCCUGUUGCUUCAUCUAUUAGGACAGAACAUGAAUAUAAUGAUGUUCAACGAAGUGUUAGACGAGCUAUGUCGUCAGUUGAAUCUCGGAUCGACGAGUGGAGCAUCACCAACAUCAGUGCCAUCAGCGCCCAGCACCCUCGAGAUGUCACCCAUCUAUCCCGAGAUCGAGAAAUACGCGAAAGAUACCGAGAUUUAAUUUCUUACAUCCUAUGAUCUUAUUUCUGCCUUUUAUUUUGCAUUGUGAUAAUGCCGAAGAUGUCUUCCCCGACAUCUUCGGUUUUUCUUCUGAACCGUUUGUGCUAUUGACAGUUGUGGGGGAAAAAAAAAAGUACACGAGUACGUUUAAUCACACGGACACACGGCAGAAACGAGAUCUUGCCGCCAUUUAUUUUCCAACCAAUCGUAUCAACGUACAGAUAAAACUUGCCGUCCGGAAGAUGUAUAGUAAUUAAAUUAAUUUGCCAUAACACACGAUAUAUCAUAAAUCUGUCAUUGUGACCGUGUUUAUACUAUCCAUAGCACAAACCAACGUUAGAUUAUCGAACGAAUAUGUAAUGUAAACGAUACGCGAUGCUUUCGGCUCGACACCUGUAUAAUCGUUCAUUUCUGUUAAAUUAUAGGAAGCCGAAUUUCACACGCACAAGUGUUGGUCGAUUAUCUCUAACGUUGCGUAACGUUCGUAUUCGCUAUAGUAACGGACUGCGUCGUCGAGGCGUGCAACAAUAACACCCGUGAAUGAUCGCUAUGGAAUUUCAAACGGCGCGCGAACGCGGUCAAUUCUUUUUUCCAACGAAAAUCAAUCGUUACGCGUAAAUGUUUGCAUCGAUCGUGUUCCUGGAUUCCUAUUUGCGUUACACGUGCACAUUCCUUUUACAUUAAUUUGUUGUGUGUAUCGUGAUGAAAUAAGUGCCUUUUAGGAAGUGUGUUAAGUUGCGUUUGAUGUUUCAUUGUCUUUUGAUCGCUGGUAGAGUACCGCAAUAUUAUUCGUUAAUAAUACCGACAAGUUGUAUUAGGACUACUUUCGAUUCGUAUAUUGUUUGUACGAAAAACAAGAACGGAAAGAUCGUGGUAUUGAACAAAUUAUUAUUUUGAAAUAAGCAUAGAAAAGAGACUGUAUAAGUUUUUCUAGAAAUAAUAAAAAUAAAUAGAGAAGAUCUUCAGAAGGAUUCAAAUGGUCAAAAGAGCAUUAUAUUUUUUACAUAUUUUUAUAUUUAUAAUUAUACGGUAAAGAUAUUCAAUGCAUAGAAUUUAUGCAGUCUUUAUUUCAAAAGUACCGUAUAUUCUGUUCUAUGUAACCUAUAUGAAUGCAGUAGAUAAGAACAAGCAUUUGUUCUUUGUUCGUUUAGAUUAUCUAUCUUUUGUAUCUGCGUAUGACUGGUGCAAUUACCGUAACAAAGUUAGCGUGAAUAAUUUUAUAUUUUAAAAGGUUAUCAUAUAUCAAAUUUUGUUAAAUUUACAUAUAGGGGCAUUCCCAAAUUAUUCAAAGCAAUGUUUAUCAAUGAUUUUCUAUAAAGAGUUAAGGGUAUAUAUGUAAAUACAUAUACGAUAUAUAUAGAAUCGACUUAAAAAUAAGUAUAUAAUUUGAAUAUUUGAAUUUAUUCAAUUUUGAUGGGAUAUACCAUCGAGUUUACGUUUAAUUUUUACGUUAUACGAAUCUACUUACAAAUGAAAUUGUAUAAAAAAUUUAAAUCUGACAAAUUAGAAAUUAUAUGUCGAUGAAUGAUUCUUAGAGAUAUUUGAUGUAUUUUCAUUUUCAAUGUUACGAAUGCUUCGUUCGAAGGAACUUUCGGCUUCAAUGGCUUGGCGUUCGUUGAAUAUUCGAUAUUAAAUAAUUCUGUUAUGUUAAAAAGAACGAGUACAUAGUUCCCCGAAACGAAGCAUAAUAACGCUGACAUAUAUAUAUUUGCAACGUAGGAUCGUUGUUCAAUGCUCACAUUCAUUUUCACUCGCUAUCUAUUUCUCGAUUUGUUCACGAGAAUAAUAUAAUGCUGCCGAUAAGUAUAUGCAAUGAUAAUAACUUUAUGACUAUAUAUAUAUAUAUAUAUAUAUAUAUAUAUAGUUUAUCGUAGUUGGUGAAGUAUGUUACAUCGCUACUCUUAGUCGCGUUUCAAGUGAUAGAUUAUAUUAGAUAUUUAAGUUAAACGAGACAGAUGUGCCUUUUUUUAUAGUAUAUUAAAUAUUUUAGCGCUAGAAACUCAUCAAUAUUAAGUCAAUGUUUAUAUAAAUGCUCAUUUGUAACGAUUGCCGCCGAAGUCAGUGCAAAGACUGCCAACAUCUUGCAACGUUAGAUGUAACGGGAGCAAAUAGAGAAAUAUAACAAACAAAUUGUAGAAUAAAGAUAUACUCUUUCUAUACGAUACAA